UCCCAUAUAUGCGGAGAGCGAAGAGUAAAGAGCUAAACAAAUCUCACAGUCGGAGUGAGUCACUAUUUAUUACCCUUGGAUUGCCAUCACUUUGGCUGCAGUGUUCAUUCCAGCUCUGGACAGAUCACACUGUACUGUGCCAGCCAAUUCAAAGAUGUCUUUCAACAUAUUUAGGGAUUUGGGAGAUUUCCUCCACUUAUUCGCAAUAAUUCUGCUCAUGGUAAAGCUUCUUCGCACAAAAUCAUGCGCAAACAUUUCUGGAAAAACCCAAAUCCUCCACGCAAUCGUGUUUAUGAUGCGGUAUUUGGAUGUGUUCGACCCGCAUACGUCAUUUAGUUGUUGCUAUUACUAUAUCACCACGAUGAAAAUUGCAUACGUACUGCUAACAUUGCUGACUGUCUACAUGAUCUACGGGCCGUAUAAGAAAACAUACGAUCGCGAAAAUGACACCAUGUACAAUGAAUUCCUGGUGGUACCGUGUAUCGUGCUGGCAACGUACCAGUCCAGCGCCUGUUUCCCGAUGGAAAUCCUGUGGACUUUUUCGAUUUUUCUGGAAGCGGUUGCAAUUAUUCCGCAGUUGGAUUUGCUGUGCAAGAUCGAUUACGUAGACAACUACACUGUUGGUUAUCUGGUACCGCUGGGGCUUUACCGAGCGUUUUAUAUGCUGAACUGGGUCUAUCGCUACUAUUACGAAGGAUUCUACAAUGCGGCUAGUGUUGUUGCCGGUUUGGUGAUGGCUGUGCUUUUCGCACUUGUAUUCGUACGUCUGUACUUGUUGAAGCGCCGAGAACGCCGUUCAAUGAUCACCGUUGUAAUGUGAAUAGUGAAAUGAUUAAAGUUUUUUUUUUGGUGAAUCUCAAUUACCGUAGUUUUCAAAUUUGAAAUUGUUCAAAAAAUCAGUUUCUCUCAAGAUGGAAUAGAAUUAGAUUUGAUUUAUAAACAACUAAUCUUAACUCUCCUAAGAUGUUGAACAUUUGCGACACGUUCAGCGAGCCUGUCUGGGUCAUAUAUUUUGAGUCCAGGGACCUAGACUUAUCAAUUCCUUUCUUGUGCCUUCCUCGACACAACGUAUGGAUUAGUUAGAUCACUAAGUGAUAUGUUUAAGGAUUGAUGAAGGCACGUCUAUGCUGGAGCUCUGAUGAACUAAAACUGAUCAUACAUUGCUUUAUUCGAUCGUCGGUACCGGAGACUGUUAUACAAUUGUUCGUUCAGUAAGGUUUACAGUAUAUCGGAAAUAUACGGAAACAGUGCAGUCCCGCGAAUGAAGAUACGACAAUAUUGACCCCAACAUCCUUCUAGGGUUAACCCUAGUAAGAUGUUGGGGUCAAUUUGCCCCAGACAGGCACGCUGAUCGUGAAAAAAAAACACCUUGAAAUUUCAAGUUAUAGCAUGUCAUUUGAGAAUGAGGUGAAUCAUUAAAUAUUAGUAUAUAGAAAGUAUCAGUCUUCAAAAAUGACUUCUAUAUGCUAAGUAAAAGCGAAAAAGAAUGUAAAAAUUAAAAUAAAAAUCAUGAAUUUCAUUUUUGUUAUCCUCAAUACAUAAACAAUCAACCAUGUACGGCUCCGAGAAACAUUUCGAAUUAUAACCGAACCGAACAAUAACCGAUAAUAAUUUUAAAAGGCAUAUUUUUUUUCAGUAAAUCUUCAUAUGUAUUUAAUUUUUAACAUUAAUAACAAAAUAAAAUAAAAUGUCUAAUCUGAUUA